AGGGCUCAGAACAGAAGGCAGCCCCAAAACCACAAACCUUGGUUGGCCCCAAAGGAGCCAGCCUCUGGCCUUCCUCUGCCAAGGCCGUGGGCUUCAGACCCAGAGGGGCUAGUUAGUCAGUUAGUAUGAGCUUCCUACCCCUGGACAGGGAUUUCUGCCCACAGCCCCACUCCAGCUGGUUGGGGCUCUCCCAGGCCCGCUGCAAGGGGCAUUAGGACCCUGCUGGGCACAGGGGAGACUAACAGCUGGGAGAGCUGCCCCAGGCUCUUAGGAUCCAGGCUGGGGCUGGGAAAAGUGAGUCAAUCCAGUGGGGGCUCCUGGAAUCAGGAUCAGCAGCACAAGUUGGAGACACCCCACCCCUCAUGUCAUCUGGAGAGAAACUGGACCCACUUCCUGACACCUUCAUCCUGCAGCCACCCGUCUUCCACCCGGUGGUUCCUUAUGUCACGACAAUUUUUGGUGGCCUGCGUGCGGGCAAGAUGGUCAUGCUACAGGGAGUGGUCCCUCGCAAUGCACACAGGUUCCAGGUGGACUUUCAGUGCGGCUGCACUCUGUAUCCCCGGCCAGAUAUCGCCAUCCACUUCAACCCUCGCUUCCACACCACCAAGCCCCACGUCAUCUGCAACACCCUGCACCAUGGGCACUGGCAGGUCGAGGCCCGAUGGCCCAACGUGGCCCUGCAGAGAGGCGACAGCUUCCUCAUCCUCUUUCUCUUUGAAAAUGAGCAGAUGAAGGUGAGCGUGAAUGGACAGCACUUUCUCCACUACCGCUACCGGCUCCCACUGUCUCGGGUGGACACCCUGGGCAUAUUUGGUGACAUCUUGGUGAAGGCUGUUGGAUUCCUGAACAUCAACCCGUUCGUGGAGGGCGGCAGCGAGUAUCCGGUUGGACACCCUUUCCUGCCGAAGAGCCCCCAGCUGGAGGUGCCCUGCUCACGUGCCCUUCCGCGGGGUCUCUGGCCCGGACAGGUCAUCAUAGUGCGGGGGCUGGUCUUGCCAGAGCCAAAGGAUUUCACACUGAGUCUGCGGGACAAGGCCGCCCAUGUUCCUGUGACACUCAGGGCUUCCUUCGCAGACAGGACUCUGGCCUGGAUCUCGCCCUGGGGACGGAAGACGCUGAUCUCGGCCCCCUUCCUCUUCUACCCCCAGCGAUUCUUCGAGGUGCUGCUCCUGUGCCAGGAGGGAGGGCUGAAGCUGGCGCUCAAUGGACAGGGCAUAGGGACCACCAGCCUGGACCAGCUAACCCUGGAGCGGCUGCGGGAGCUCCGGAUCAGUGGCAGCGUGCAGCUCUACUGUGUCCACCAUUGAGGAGGGAUCCAGAGGGCCUGACCAGGGAAGAAGAAGGCCAACCUAUGCCUGGAGCUACACAGUAUGGCCUGCCUCUCCUCCUCUCAUUAGACUGUCCACCUGUCACCACCAUGUCACGCCUGGCUCGCUCUGUGGCCAUGAGCCUAUGACUGCAGGAGUGUUGGGCCCCACAGCAGAGAGAAGGCACAAGGGGGUGAAGGCUCCUCAAACUCUGCCCCUCCCUCCACCAGGAGCCUGAGAUGUGUCUCAUCUGCCUUCAGGACCUAGAGUAGGAGGCUGGUUUUGUAGCCCAACAAAGACACUCAAAAUACAGUGGCCUAAAGAAUUUAGACGUUUAUUUCAUUCUCACCUAACAGUUUAGGAGAAAAUGGUCCAGGUCAGUGAGGCAGCUCUGCUCACCAUGGACAUUCAGGGUCAUCCUGGUCAUCGUCCCGCCACUCCCAGAGCAUCAGCAUCAUCUCCCAGGCUGAUGCUCAGUGGCAGCCAUGUCUAGGUUCCAGCCACUGAGAAGGCAAAUAGGGAAUGUGGACAAGGCCCCUGAUUUCCUAAGCCCCGGGCCUGGGAUUGGCACACACUGUUUUCACUCGCUCUCAGGGGCGAGCACGCAGUCACAGAGCCACGCUGUCUGCAAGGGACGCUGGCAAUGUUCCCUGGGGGGAGGGCGGGUGCCCAGUCACAGUUCUAUUACUGCGAUUCCUGGUAUCUUUGGGUUUAUUUGUACCAUCUUAUUUCGUGUUUUCUAUUUACCAUGCUAUUUUUUCAGCUUAUAUUUUCAGCUUUCUUGCUUGCUGUUGGAUUAAUGAGAUCUCUUUAUCAUCCUCGCUUUUUUUUUUAGACUGAUUUGUAAGUUGUAGAUAUGGUUUUACACCUCUGGUGGUUAUCCUUACUGUAUAUUUUAUUUUUUAUUAACACAAUAAAAUUGACCUUUUGGAGUGGGUAAAAUUCUAGUUUUAGCAUAUAUGUAGAUUUGUGUAACCACCACCACCAUCAGGAUGUGUAAGAACUCCUUCACCCCAAAAACACCCUUAGUCACCCCUUUGUCGUCAAACCUCCUCCACCCACUCCCUGAGCCCAGGUGACCCACCAAUCUCUUCUCCAUUACUCCAGUUCUGUCUGUUUGGGAAUGGUGUGUAAAUGACGUCAUAUAGAACGUGGCCUUCUGAAACUGGUUUCUUUCACUCAGCAUUAUCCUUUUGAGAUUCAUCUAAGUUGCUGUAUGUAUCAGUGACCCGUUCCUGUUUAUUAAUCAAUGGUGUUCCAUUGUCCCACAAUUUGUUUAUGUAUUGACCCACUGAAGAACAUUCAGGUUUUUGUCAAUUAUGAAUAGAGCUAUUAAAAACAUUUAUGUACAAGUCUCUGUAUGAACAUAGCUUUCCAUUUCUCUGGGUUUAAUACCUACUAGUAGGAUCGAUGGACAAGACAAACCUGGAUUAUACUGCUACAACAUAAAGGAAGUGUUAUAGGUUGAAUUAUGCCCCCCCCAUUCAUAUAUUGAAGUCCUAACCCCCAGUACCUCAGAAUAUGACUGUAUUUGGAGACAGGGUCUCUAAGAGGUAAUUAAGUUAAAAUGAGGUCACAUGGAUGGGUCCUAAUCCAACUGGUGUCCUUAA